GGAUAGCUUUAAAUCUUAUUUCUCGCUUUUAUUUUCAGUCGGCUGUCUGAUGGAUAAACUGGACUUGAUAUUUGUGCUAGAUUCGUCCAACAGUCUUCAGCCGAACGACAAGAAAGAAAUGAAGGACUUCAUGAAAAAACUGAUCGAAAACUUAGGUGUGGCUGACAACAAAACGCAUGUCGGGGUGAUGACGUUUGACGAUUCUCCAAACCUGGUUUUCCACCUGGGGACACAUAAGACUCAAUCCAGCGUCAUCGCCGCUAUCGACAAGAUGAAGUUCGGAUAUGGGGCUACGGAUACUGGCAAGGCAUUGAAGUACCUAAAGGAAGAGAUGUUUACAAAGCCCAACGGAGACAGACCCCAUGUUCCAAACGUGGCUGUAGUGCUAACCGAUGGCUUUUCCAAGGAUGCCUACGCCACACAGUACUACGCUAAUGAGUCCAAAAAACUAGGAAUCUCCAUCUUUGCUGUGGGAGUGGGACCUUCUGUGGACCCAGGAGAACUGAAGAGCCUCAGCAGUUCCCCUGCAGACCAAUACGCUUUCAUCAUUCACAGCUUUUCCGACCUGGACAAGGUUGGAGACCAAUUGGUGAACACCACUUGUUCAGUUCGUCUUCCCAAUACAAGCAUUACUGCGGUAUCAACAGCAAAGCCAGGGUGUUACGAUCGCAAAGAUUGUAUGGUGUAUGGAGAGGACGUAUGUACAGACUACGCGGGUUGGUCAAGUUAUCACUGCCCCUUGUGGUGUGGUUUCUGUAAUGGGACGACCUCACAGCCACCUUGCCUGGACAUUCUGCCAAACUGCGUGGAGUACGGCGGAGACAUAUGUACUAGGCCUGACCUGCGCAUCUGGGCACUGAGACAUUGCCGAGCCUACUGUGGCUUCUCGCCCUGCAUUGGUACACCAACCAGAGCUACAACGACUCCUAAACCAACCACACCUCGCGUUUGUCAAGACCGCGUGAACUGUGAACAUUAUGGGGGUCACAGUAUCUGUCACGAUGAGAAGUACAAAGGUUGGGCAAAGGACAACUGCUACUCCUACUGUGGCUACUGCGUGGAGUACGCGAUAAUACCGCCAACGACAAUUGGCAACUUACAUUGCCCUGGAUGGAAAAUACCCUCCGAGUGUAAGAUGACCUAUGGCGAUGCUACAUGCUGUCCAAUGCCCAAAUGCCCAACACCUGGAUACAACCUAACGGUUACGAAACCUCACCUGUAACCGGUUGUUUUACGAGGAGCAGUCUUAUUUGACAGUUUUAAACACGACAAUACUAUGAUUAUAAAACUGAUGAACGUGCAAAUGUAUAUGUAUCUAGCGGAAUCUGAAGCUUCAUUAUAAACAGGAUUUAACAGGCAAUUUCAGACUAUGAUAAAAAAAAACCGUGUAAUAUUUAAUGAGGAUGACAGAAGUAUUCUUUGUGUUGUGUACUUCCGGGUUGUGAAUUAAAGAAAAGAACACUGAGCAAGGAUGUGACUGUGUGAAAAUCGUCGCAUAUGUACAUAUAAUAUGCUUUGGCAUAUAAUAAAGCGCAAUCCUUCGUACGAGUGCAUUUUGUGUGUGGCCCCUUAAAAGUGAAAUGUUAUAUAUAGCUUUAAUAACGUUAAAUCAAAAUUUUGGCAUUGGUGAGAGAAGUUUUAGCGUAAUAAUUUCUAAACUGUUCCAAAUUGAGUACUUCACAAAGUGAUUAGAAAAUGUGAUAAUUUAACGCCGUCUUAUGUCAGAUUAACAUGUUGUAUUUUAAGAUUUGUGAUUUAAACGACUAUUUCUCAUGAUUUCCUGUUGUGUACUGCGUCUGGAAUAAACUUUCAGCAUUUGUUUUCAGCAAUCA